UGCUUAGUGUUGGUCUGCAACGAUGUUCUUUAUCCAAAAGGAAUGGUUUGAUGUGUGAAUCUUACAUCUGAGGUCACCUCUUCCAGUGUGGAGUACUCUGCACAGAUGUUCACGAUGUGGUGCAACAAGAAAAUAAAUAAAAACUUUGUUGGAAAAUCAAUCUAAAAUGAACACUUCAGCAGAUCUGAAGAAGUACCACGGCUUGUACAACCAUGGAGCAACGGAUUACUUGAACAGUGUGCUGCAGGUGUUGUUCAUGACCAGGGACUUCAGAGAAGCUGUACAAAGAUUGACCAACAACAAUCCGGAGUUCAUUGAUCGCCAUCUUAAAGACUUGUUUGAUGAUUUAUCGAAAGGGACAGCACACACAUAUAAAAUACUGGAGACCCUGCACAUUCAGAGAGUGAAUGAACAGUGUGAUGCUGCAGAGUACCUUGAGAAGAUUUUAAGGCAGACCAGUCCUGAUGCAGCAAAGAUCUUCCACGGAGAGUUGUCCAACACCACCACCUGUUCUGAAUGUAGAGCGGAGAUGAACAGAGAUGGGAUGUUCUGGUAUCUUCCUCUUCCACUGGUGGAUUCCUGCAGUGGAGUCUACAGUGUGGUAGAUGGUCUUAAGGAGUUUUUCAAAACCUCAGAUCUGAAUGGAGAAAACCAGAUGUACUGUGAGCAGUGUGAUACUAAAGUCAAUGCUAAAAGGAAAAGUGUAGUAAAGCAUCAUCCAGAUGUUUUGAUUCUGCUGCUGAAGAGGUUUGACUUCAGCUACCGCUACAUGUCAUUUGUCAAAAUCAACAGUGAUGUGGAUGUUCCGAACACCGUAGAAGUGUCAGAGAAUCAGAAGUAUGAGCUGUAUGCAGUGGUGGAGCAUUUUGGUGACCUGAGAAGUGGACAUUACAUAUCAGCAAUCAAGGAUCAGGAUGAUGAAGACAAAUGGUUCUGCUUUGAUGAUACCACAGUCACACAGCGUAACUCCCCUUUCCUGGAUGUGCAAUAUGUAAAAUCUAGAAGUGCCUAUCUUCUUUUUUACAGAAAGAAAGAAACUGGUGCACAAGAAAGCAUGGUCCCCACAAACGGAGGUUCCCCAACUUCUGCCUGUGAGAACUAUAAUCGGAAGUCAUGAUGCAGAAACAGAAAGGAGGACACAGGAGCAUGAACAUGAAGAAGAAAUUAGUGUUGACACUAUGACAGUUGCCCUUAACAACAGCACUGAACUUAUAGAUACAAUCAGUGUUUCCAAAGAAAAUGAGUUGUCAUCUGACCACAAAUUUAAAACAUGUUGUCCAGAAGUCAAAGCCAAGCAGGUUGAUCCAAAAUGGUCUGUCUAUUCUCCAGAAGGUUAUGUUAGAGAACAGGACAGUGAUAAGGGGAAAAUAAUGAGGGAUGAUCAAAAGGGAGAUGACAGAGUCCAGACAGAACACAAAAGUCUACAUCCUAGUGGAGCUCAGCUUGAAGUCUAAGAUCAUGAAAAUUUAGAGAUUAAGGAGGUGAAACCAGAUGUAAAUCUUGUUUUUACACCAGUCAGCCUUCAUCAUGAUGUUGGACAGAAUAAAUCAGGGCAGAGAAACAGCUUUACACAUGAAAUGCAAAGCACUGAAAGUGUGGAGAAGCACAACAAAAAACUAGGAAAUUUUGGUUCAGAAAUAAGAGAAAGACAAAUAUGGAGUCAGGGUGCAGGUAAUGAUAAGAACAUAAGGCAAAAUAUUUCAAAGCUAAAAGCAAGAAGUGAAUUGCAGGGAGUUACAGAUGGCCAUCAAAGUUCAAAACAGCCAGGAGAUGAAUGCAUUAUAGCGGAACGGCCUAGUGAGGCCCCCAGUGGUGGUAAAAGAAACCAAACCACUAAGAACACAGAAACUGCAGAGGAAACCUCACAAGCCACCACUGAAAAGCAUGAAAGGAAUAACGAAGGAAACGUUAAUGGGAAUUUUGAUAUAACAAACAAUGUAAAAGCUAGUUCAUCUACAGCUGUCAGCAAUAUGAAGCUCAGAGAGUCACCUUCGAGAAAACAGGAGAACUACAGAACCAAAGGAGUCACUGAUGAACAAAUGGAAGCAGCUGGAAUUAUAAAUACUCUUAAAAAGAGAGCUUUAACAAAGAGAUUACGUUGGGGCCACUCGGGACAACGAAGGCUAGCAGCUUACAGAAAAGGGAAAAGACUGCAUAUUAGAAAAUAUUUGAGUGAUUUUCUUUACCAAAAAGACAGAAGAGCAAGGAUCAGGAUUCAGAGACAUUCUAAGAGGAAAUCUGCUCCAGUUUAAGACAAACUGUGCAUGUCAUUGUUGUGAUUCAAAAGAUAUGUAUUAGACUUAAAUGAUAUAUCCAGUGCUUAAUAAAAUGAGAUUAGCUAUAAAAAAGGCAGAAUAGUGAAUGUAAACUAGAAAAAGACCAGCAGUUUGCACAUAAGGAAAAACUGUAGCAGAAUACUUUGUUUGCUCCUGCAAAACAUCAAUAAUGAAGGAUCAUUGAGAUUAAACAGAACGUUAAUGAUUAUUAAGUUGGUAAGAUUGAUUUAGGAUGGGAUGGUAAUUUGUCAGGACAGUUUAACAGCAAGUGGCAGAAAACAAAAUAUUCUGAAAUAUGGCAGUCAGGAAAGAAGUCAGGAAAUGGAAAGAGGAGACAUGGGAGACAAUCAUCAUGAUGUUGGACAAAACAAACUUGUGUAGUUUUUUUAUGUUUUAAUUAAACUCUUUGUGUGUUUAUUUUUUCUGUAGUUUGCUGUGUUAAAUUGCUUCAUUUGGGUAAAUAUUUUGCAUAGUUUUCUUCAAAAGAAUCCGCUGUUAAUUCAGAAUACUGCUUUCAUGCUGUUCAUAUUAUAAUCAAUGUCAUCUCUCUAUAUUCUUGUACAACAUUUCUUUAUCUAUAAACAAAACCAAAAAUGUACCCCGGCAUUAGUAAUAUUACAGUUACUGGAAGCAAAGAUUAACAAAUGAGGUUAUUUUGUUCAGUAGUAAAGUGUUAAAAUUUGAGAAUGUGAUUAAUUAAUAACAUCAAUCAAGUUUUUAAAUUCAAAUGUUUGUUUUUUUUUCUGUUGUCAGAAAAAUAUACAGGCUUGUCUUGUGGCCUGACUUUAAUUAAAAUAAUCACUGAUA